GGUUCUUUCUUUUCCUCCGGUGCGACCUAAGAACAGUCGCACAUGCCCAUCUCUCCCACAACAUCUAAAAUGCCCACUAAGAUCCUGCCUGAAGUCGAGCAGAACACAUCAAUGGAGGACGUGGAGAGCGGCCUGCAGCUGCUGAAGAAAAAGAAAAAGAAAAUGAAAGAAAAGGCUGAGGCAGAAGAGUGUGUUUCCCCGGCUCCUAAGAAGAGGAAGGCUGAGAAGAUGUCCACCGAGAUCACGGACAUGAACGGGAACACGGACACACACCAGCUCAAGCUGAAGAAGAGAAAGAAGGCACACGUGGAGGAGGUGAUGGGCAGCGGAGAGACUCCUAACACCCGAGGGACGGCUGUAGUAGACACCCCUGCUCCGUCCAGCGAGGACUCGGACAGCGACCGGGAGAAGGAAACUCCGGAGCAGAAAGAAGGAGCCUUCUCCAACUUCCGGAUCUCCCAGAACACCAUCAAACUGCUGCAGGCCCGUGGCGUUUCGUAUCUCUUUGACAUCCAAGUGAAGACCUUUAACUCUGUGUACGACGGGAAGGAUGUGGUGGCUCAGGCCAGGACCGGCACGGGGAAGACCUUCUCGUUUGCGGUUCCUCUGGUGGAGAAGCUUCAGUCCGGAGCUGAGGACCGCAGGAAAGGCCGCGCCCCAAAGGUGCUGGUCCUGGCUCCGACUCGAGAGCUGGCCAUCCAGGUGGCCAAAGACUUCAAAGACAUCACCAGGAAGCUGUUUGUCACGUGCUUCUACGGAGGAAGCUCAUACAACCCGCAAUGCGAGGCAAUCCGCAAUGGCAUUGACAUACUGGUGGGAACGCCGGGUCGAAUCCAAGACCACCUGCAGAAUAACAAGCUGGACCUGUCUCAGGUGAAGCACGUGGUGCUGGACGAGGUGGACCAGAUGCUGGACAUGGGCUUCGCCGAGCAGGUGGAGGAGAUCCUGUCCAUGUCCUAUCAAAGAGAUGCGGAGGAGAAACCACAGACGCUGCUCUUCUCGGCCACCUGUCCCGCCUGGGUUUACGAGGUGGCCAAGAAAUACAUGCGGCCUCAGUGCUUCCAUGUGGAUCUCAUCGGGAAGAAGACCCAGAAAGCUGCCACCACAGUCGAGCACCUGGCCAUCACGUGUCACUGGUCUCAGCGGGCGUCCGUCAUCGGUGAUGUCAUCCAGGUGUACAGCGGCAGUCACGGCCGGACCAUCGUCUUCUGUGAGACCAAGAAAGACGCCACGGAGCUCUCGCUGAACUCGUCCAUCAAACAGAGCGCUCAGGCGCUGCACGGAGACAUUCCCCAGAAGCAGAGAGAGGUCACGCUCAAGGGCUUCAGGAGCGGCGCCUUCGAGGUGUUGGUGGCCACUAACGUGGCGGCCCGAGGCCUGGACAUCCCUGAGGUGGACCUGGUCAUUCAGUGCUCUCCUCCAAACGAUGUGGAAUCGUACAUCCACCGAUCCGGACGGACUGGCAGAGCCGGAAGAACAGGCAUCUGCAUCUGUUUUUACCAGCGUAAAGAGGAGGGCCAGCUCAAGUUUGUGGAGCAGAAAGCGGGAAUCACCUUCAAACGGGUCGGGGUCCCAACAGCCAAAGACAUCAUCCAGUCGUCCAGUAAAGACGCCAUGAGGUUCCUGGACUCGGUGCCGGAGGUGGCCGUGGGGUAUUUCCGUGAGGCAGCGCGGGAGCUGAUCCUCCAGCGUGGGGCCGAGGAGGCGCUGGCCGCGGCCCUCGCUCACAUCUCAGGGGCCACCAACCUAGAGCAGAGGUCCCUCAUCAGCUCAGAAGCCGGGUUUACCACCUUGGUAAUGAACUGCUCUCAAGAAAUGCACAGCAUCAGUUACGCCUGGCGCAGCCUGAAGGAGCAGCUCGGGGAGGGCAUCGAUGAGCACAUCAAACGCAUGACCUUCCUCAAGGACAAGAUGGGUGUGUGUUUCGACGUCCCAGUCAACAAAGUGAAAGAGUUGCAGGAUCGGUGGAAGGACUGCCGGCGCUGGCAGCUGAGCGUGGCCACAGAGCUCCCCGAGAUGGAGCAGAAUGAUCGCUACUGUGGAGACUUCGGGGGCCGCGGCGGGGGACGAGGACGACGCUCCUCCGGCUUCAGAGGAAACGGCUCCGGCGGCAGAAGAGGAGGAGGAGGAGGAAGAGGAGGUGGUGGUGGAGGAGGAGGAGGAGGCAAUCAUAAACGCUUCAGCUCAGCCUUCCAUUACUAAUCUGGACUCUGUCAUGUUUUUACUCCUCUCCUGCAACAUCAGAUACGCUGAUUGCUUUUUCUUGCAGUUAAGCUAAUAGUACCGUCUGUCCCGCUGAUAUUAAAGUGGUGUUUGAUCGACA